AUGGCGAGCCAGUUUAUUGGACUGCACAUGUUGGUUGUGCUCCGCGACCCGUCGGGUUAUCGUCUCACUGGUACUGUGAGAGAUGUAGAAGCAGGAAGCAGCCUCACUCUGACCAACGUGUACAUUCCGGCCACCAAGGAAAGGACAGCGCAGAUGAAGAUAAACGCUUCUAAUAUCGCCGACCUGUCCGAAAUGCCGGCGGAGCUGGCCUCGCCGGAAAAGUACGGCCCUUGUGCAUCCGAGCGCGACCUCACUCUGCGUCCGAGCCCUGCUUCACAUGCCCAUCAGCCGCAGCUUCAACAGCUUCAACAACAACAACAACAACAACAACAACAACAACAACAACAACAACAACAACAUGACCAAGCCUUUAUGGAUCCUGCCAUCGUAAAGGUUGGUAAAAGGCCCGUGUCAGUUACGUCGCCUGCAUUGAGCUCUGGCCAGCGAGGUCGUUCUACAAGGGCGGGACAAGAGGAAUAUGUCGAAUUGAAGCCCGCAGCCGCGGCCGCGGCCUCGCCCGAUGGAAGGAGACCAGAGCCAUAUAUUCUGGAUUCCUUCCAAGGCAUGCGAGGCAUAAGCUUGGGCAGAAGCAGCCAUACCGUUCUCCAGCAAACCCCAAGCGCACUGGACACGCCACCGCAGAAGAAGAAGAAUCGAUCCAAGCAUGGGAAGCAGCCGAGAUCCAACACCACGAGCCAUCAUCCAGGUCAAGACAGCAACGGAGCCAACGCAAGCGGGCACGGCAAGGGCUGGAGACAGACGCCUCUGUUACAGAGCACGUCAUCCUUCCAGCCCUUCAACUCGCUCAAAAAGAACGGCAAAGGCCGCAAGGGUCUCGCGGACAAUGGCUGGGCCUCGGAAGAUGUCACGGAAGAGAUGGGUGACUUUGACUUUGAAAACAACCUGGCCAAGUUUGACAAGCGGACCAUUUUUGACCAGAUGCGCAAAGAGGACGAGGUGGAUGACGCAGAACGGCUCGUGUCGCACAAUCGUCGGCCGAAACCCGGCACUGCCAGCGGCAAGAACUUGCACUAUACGGAGAUGGUGCUUGGCACGCCACCUCCAGUAGGCGGACAAGAGGCAGGCUUUUGGAACAGCGAGGCGGAAGUAGGCGUCAACGGGGGGUCGGAGAAGUUGAGUGGGGGGCGCGACGGACGCGACGGACGCGAGGCAAGGAACAGCGUUGCUUCCACCGUCAAGGGCCGGGCUGAAAGCAUCUCUGGGCGGACGCGACGAUCGCAGUCCCGCAAGUCCAGUGCGGUCGCGACCAGCCAACCGCUCAGUCGCGUAAACUCGUCCGUACGUCUGUCGCAGUCGUCGUCCAGGCGCCACACGCCAAGAACCGGUUAUCGCAAUGCUGACGACCACGUGCAGCAGCAGCAGCAGCAGCAGCAGCAGCAGCAGCAGCAGCAACAGCAACAGCAGCAGCAACAGCAGCAGCGGAUUGACCAACCGGGGUUCUAUCUCGUUCCCUCCAACCGUCGUCUCGAAGCGAUUUCUACUCUGCAGAUGCUCAACCUCGAAAACAUAGCUGCCAACGAGCUCGGCUUCACCGAAGCUCUCAUGGCAGAGAACGCGGGCCGCGGCAUCGCAGAAGUGGCAGUCAUUGCCUUAUCCGAUCCCGCCAUCAAGGUUCGCUUCGAACUGGCCCUCGCCAGCUCGCUGGUCGACGACGCCUCGUCAUCGCUGGGGUCCGCCACGGUCGUCGUUCUCGCGGGCAACAACAAGUCCGGGAUUCGCGCGAUCGCAGCGGCCCGGCACCUGCGCAACAAGAACCUGGACGUCUCGGUCUGCCUCGUGGGCGUGGAGCGGGAAAAGGACCUGCUGGAGGAUCUGAGGAGGCAGGUACAGCUGUACCGUGCGUUUGGCGGCAAAGUGCACAGCAAGAACGAUUUUUUCGAGCACAUGCGAAAGUCGUCAGCCUCGGGGUCGCCGGCGCCCGUGUCCCUGAUUGUCGAUGCGUUGCUGGGGCUGACCAUUUCGUUUGAGGAGCUCCGCGUCGGGGACCAAGCGACCGUCUACGAACUGAUGGAGUGGGCGAAUCGCAACGAGGCGUUUGUGCUGUCCGUCGACGUUCCUACAGGCAUUGACCCCAGCUCGGGCAAGAUUGCCAUUAUCGACGGCGCUCACCUGUACGUCAAGCCCAAGUACGUGGUGGCCAUCGGGGCGCCGAAGAAGGGGCUUCUCGAAUCGGUCACGCCCGCAGCCGACGGAGAGCCGGGAGUCGGAAAUCCCGUCGCUUCCGACGAUGAAUGGCGGCUGUACAUUGCCGACAUGGGACUCGGGAGCGCGGUGUGGAGGAAGGCCGGGACCAAGGUUCGCAAGGGCGUCGACUUUGACGGCAAGUGGGUGCUGGAGAUGCGGUAUCGCGGAGCGGAUGCGCGACUGUGA